AUGAACAAGCUGUUCCACUCGUAUCCCACAAUCAUUACGGACACCUUCUCAACCGGUCCUCGACAUCCUCCGCCAACACAUCGAGGCCAACACACCAAGACCAGAACCUCAGACAUGGCCGACAAUCAACCCCAACCCAUCGCCGCGCCCUUCCCAGCUCCACCGCCCUUCUACCACCAUUUCACCAAAUCCAACCUCUCACACCUACGCCGACUACAGAAAGACGCCAGCCAACAAACCCCACAACCCAACGGCGACAGUACUGGCACCGACAACAACUCAAGCGACACCAGCACCACCAACCAUGACAGCAAACCCGACCUCGACAUCCUCUCCCUGCCCCCCGAACUCCGCUACCUCCUCCCCCCACCCCGACCAACAACAACCUACACCACCUUCGCCCGCCCCAUCAACCUGACCGCCCCUGACCUCUCCCUCGCCGACGCAGGCGUGGAACAACUCUACCCCUCCCCUCCACCAGACACACAACUGAAUCCGCAACCUCCUCUCCUCAGCCUCGCGCGCUCGCUGCUCACGACUUAUCUCUCGCUGAUAGGGAAUUUAGCGGUGAAUCCCGAGGGUUUCGAGGACAAAGUGGAGGAUCUGCAGACGCUGGCGUUUAAUAUGGAGGAUUUGAUUAAUCGGUAUCGACCGCACCAGGCGAGGGAGAGUUUGGUGCUGAUGCUUGAGGGGCGGGUGGAGGGGUUGAGGAAUGAAAUUCAGAGGAUACGGGAUGGUGGAGGGAAGGUGGAGGAACUGAUGAAAAGUCUGGGGGAGUCGGGGGCUGGUGAGCAGGGAGAGGAGGACGAUAGAGGGCAAAAGGGCGCGGGAGGAGAGGACAGCGAGAGGCAGAGGCAGAGAGGGCUGUGGAGGGGGAUGGCGGAGUGUAUGGCGGAAGGAUAA